CUUUCAUUCACCCACUUCCUGAUAUCGAUGCCAUCGAUCGUGGCACUUCGGCUGGAACUUGAAUAAAAUGCUCCUCUAGAUCUAGUCCCAAACUUAUUAGCUUAUGCGAUAACAUGUAAUUGGUGGAGCUUGUGCUACUAAGUAGAUCUAGUGAAGAUGGAUUAUAAGAAAUGCCCUUAUUGUGUCUCCUAUCACAACUUUGCAACUUAAAGAGCUGAAGUGAUGGUCGCAUGAAUGAAAGCGUUACUCUCCAGCGGUAGCAACCUCCUAGUGGCCGAGGGCCAUUUGGAAAUUGUCGUAAUGGCUCGCCGCAAGUGCCCCUCUUUCUACUCUGGAAUUUUCUUAAUAGGCUUUGCCUUUGUUGUGCUUGGUUUCUGGUGGCUGGCUCCAUUUCAAGACUCCAAAUUGUCUAGGACCCUGGCUUCAGAGUUACAAAGUGAUGAGAAGGUGGUGCUUAUGUCCUCCUCACCUCACGCUGAGCCACGAGAUACAAACUGCACUUAUCACAACUUCACGUGUUUAGAAGUCUAUCACUGUGGUUAUGAUGACAGUACCACAAUAAGCGUGUACAUCUACCCUAUCCAACAGUAUUAUGAUGAGAACGGAAAUGACAUCACUCCGCCCAUGUCUCGUGAGUUUGAGGAAAUGCUGCAGGUGAUUGCAGAGAGCCCGUACCACUCCCACGAUCCAGAGACUGCGUGCUUGUUUAUCCCUUCUAUUGACCUUUUGAAUGAAAACCUGUUGAAUCAAACCCAGGUCAGUCAGAUACUGGCAUCUUUGAAGUGGUGGAAUGAGGGUAAAAACCAUCUGCUUAUCAACAUGCUACCAGGCCGAGCUCCGGAUUACAAGACAUUCCUUGGGGUGAACUCAGGCAAAGCCAUGGUAGCUGGAGGAGGGUUCUCCUCAUGGACAUACCGAAGGACGUUUGAUGUCACAAUUCCUUUGUACAAUCCACUAUUAGAAGAUGUGGAGCUGUCAUUUGUGUCAUACACAGAGAACAGGAAGUGGUUCCUGCUAUCGACACAGUUUGGUUUGAACUCAGAGUAUAAAAGCAAACUGAAAGCAUUGUCCGACUCAGACAGUGAUGUUGUGUUGCUGGACAGAUGUGAAGGUCACGGAUUCAACUACUCAGAGAGGUGUGACUAUCUUGGCAAAGAAUACUCAUAUCCUGCUGUACUGCAGAAUUCCACAUUUUGCCUUGUGUUGCGUGGCAACCGUUUAGGGCAACCUUCUUUUUUGGAUGCGCUCAAAGCUAAAUGCAUCCCUGUGGUCGUCGCUGAUGGCUUCCUCCUACCCUUUCAUGAAGUGCUGGACUGGACAAGAGCUGCAGUCACUAUCAACGAAGAGCAGCUUCCUGAGGUUUUGGAUGUGCUGAAGAACUUCAGCCGGGAUCGCAUCAUCAGUAUGCGGCGGCAGCUCCAGUACUUCUGGCAGCGCUACUUCAGCUCACUGUCAGACAUUACACUCACCAUGUUGCAGAUACUCAACGACAGGGUGUUUCCCUUUGAUGCUCACACCUACGACCAGUGGAAUGAGCUGCCCAACAAGAAAGCAAUAAAAAACCCACUGUUCCUGCCAUUGAGGGCGCCAAAGUCGCUGGGCUUCACUGCAGUCAUCCUGACCUAUGACAGAGUGGACUCGCUCUUCCAGGUGGUCCGACAGGUCGGCAAAGUACCCAGCCUGGCCAAGGUCAUUGUCGUGUGGAACAACCAGGAAAUACAGCCACCUGCCAUGUCCAAGUGGCCCAAUAUUGGGAAGCCAAUCAAAGUGAUUCAGACCAAGUUCAACCGUUUGAGUAACAGGUUUUUCCCAUAUGAUGAAAUUGAGACAGAGUGCAUUCUAGCUCUGGAUGAUGAUAUUAUUAUGCUUACAGCCGAUGAAAUGGAGUUUGGCUAUGAGGUAUGGCGGGAGAACCCAGACCGCCUGGUGGGUUACCCAUCAAGACUCCACUUGUGGCAGAAUGAGACACAGAGCUACAGCUAUGAGUCUGAGUGGAUGAACUCCAUCUCCAUGGUGCUCACUGGAGCCGCCUUCCACCAUAAAUACUUUUCCUUCAUGUACACAUACGGGAUGCCAGGCAACUUGAGGCAGUGGGUGGACGACCACAUCAACUGUGAGGACAUCGCUAUGAACUUUCUGGUCACAAACAUCACGGGCAAAGCCCCGAUCAAGGUUGUCCCUCGCAAAAAGUUCAAAUGCCCGGAAUGCGUGAAAGAGAUGCUGUCAGCGGACACCUCGCACAUGGUGGAGCGAUCCGAGUGCAUUAACUGUUUUGAGAAGCUGUACGGCUCCAUGCCCCUGAAGGCAAUAGAAUUCAGAGCAGAUCCGGUGUUGUACAAGGACAAGUUCCCGGGGGUGCUCAUGAAGUUCAGCAAUUUGGGAACAUUGUGAUGUUUGAUGGGUGGUGAGGAAAAAUGUUUCUGUUUCCGUGGGAAUUGUCUUAAUCUGUACAGUGGUGGGUCAUGUGGGAUGGUGGAUGAGUGGGAGGUUUUCAGUUCCUCUUUUGUUUUACCUCUGUUGUUAUUUUAGUGCCCUGUGAGCAAGGUUGUUCUGGUCUUAGUUCUGGUCGUAUGAUUGGGUAGUCUUGUGUGGCUGCCGGGCCUCUCUCCUCUUUUUAUUUAACGUUUGCUUUCUUGUAUUCUGUUGAUUUUAUUCUCUCUCUUGUAUUUGUUUCUGAAGCAUUUGUCUUCCAGGUUUGAGGUUUGUGAACAGCGCUGUUGUUAUAAGCUGGACAGAGAGAGAAAUAUAUGUGAUAAAAACUUGAGCUGUGGCACGAGUAGAACAAAAUAGUAUGAUAUGCUUGACUUGAAUCAAAACAAACUUGUUAACAACCUCGUCUUGAGAUAUUUAUUUCACAAGUCCUUUUGCAUUAUUUUUAUACUGUCUAUAUUAGUUUGAAGACCACAUGUUUACCAAAGAGUUUGAAGCAGGCCUCUACUAUUUGUGAUUAGAAAUUUCUUUGAAAAUAAACAAUACAAAUUUUAUAUGAUAAUGACUUGAUAGCUUCUACUGGGAUGUCAGACAAAUGAUAUCUGCAGCCAAACUUUCAGAUAAUGCUUUUUUGUUGGUGUCUUUUGCAAAACUGGUUUUAAAUGUGGGAUAAACUCUGAGCUGACACAGAUCUUCUUGCGCAUGUUGAUGAACAGUCACUGGACACUUUCUUUUUCGCUUUCCUGUCUGUUGUGCCUGUUCAUUUUCUAGCUUUUCUUUAACAGCCUACAGUGGGAUUGUUGUUUUGCCAAGUAGUUGUCAUCAGCUCUUUCAAAGUCCUUAGUUUACUGAGUUUGCAUGAAACUAAAUUGCAUAGUUUGUUUUGAUCUCAUAUAUGGCUUUUGAAAGCAGUUGAGAUUUGUAUAAUCCACCGAUCUUCUUAACAAGGUUGACUGAUGAAAGAUCUGAUUCAUGUGUACAUAGCAUUUGAUGCUUGCCCCUAAGUAUAUUCAUGCUGAAUUUAUUGCAUUUAUAGUUGUAUUCUAUUGCUGUCCUUUGUCAAUGGACAGUUCAUCAUUUUCAUUCCAUAAUCUCUCAAGCUUUUUGUUUGCGGGGGUUGUUUCUUUUUCCCUUUUUUUCUUUUUCUUUUUGUAAUCUGAGAAGAAAACUUUUGUGCUAUUUCUAGUUAUGUAUUUGUUCUUUAACAGGAAAGUUAGGUCAGUGCUUAGGUUUCCUUUGUGUGCUUUUUGGAAACAAAGAAAUUUAUUAGUGCCUAAGUUGUUUUAUUAAAACAUUGAUAAGUGACUUGGGGUGAAUGCGGAACCACCGUGAUAAAAUUCUAAGUCCAAAUAUAUUUUUGUUGUCUCUAUAGUAGAUAGAUUAUUAUUCCAGUAACUUGUGGCCAUUCACCCUCUUUUGACUUUAUUCCCAUAGUAGUUUGUUGAAAGUUUUGAAAUACUCUAUACCAGGUUGUUAUUUUUUUUGCAUGUGACUUAAAUUCAUGAUUUUUCAAAAAAUUCAUGAAUUCAAAUCAUUCACUAACUGUUUAAAAGGAAUACUACUGCAUUGGAACAUAUGACACUAGGCAACUGGAAAUGCAAUUCAAAAUGUUCACAAUAAAUUAAAUGAUCAAAAUGGAAAGAAAAGCGCUUGAAAAAACCUGGUGUUCAGUAUUUGUUUUCAGGGAGAGUUCAAUGACUUCAUCUUUUCCCUGGGGAAGCCAGCUUUCUUCAAUAAUUUUUUAAUGAUGGACUAAAUGGUGUGCUUGAUGAAUGCAGUCUUAUGAAGGAUUGAAGUAGAAAUACUUUGAGUCCUGUUGUAGAUUGAAUCAUUGGGUGGCUUGCAGUGUCUCCAGACAUGUGUGAAUGAUCUGUGGUCUGGGUUGUUUUACUGGGGGAAAGAAUAUCAAAAGGGAGAAUUUGGUUGGGUGAUUUUUGCCACAGGUGUCAAUAAUGCCACAUUGUCAACGUGCUAUGGUAAUGUGCUUGGUCAAGAUUAAAAAUUGAAAAGCAAAUUAAUCCACUAUGUCAUUCCUAACAAUGAUCCACUGCCUCAUCAUAAAAGUAAUGUAAAUACUCUGAUGACAUUCUUGGUUACCAAAAAGAAAUCAUGUAGCCUGUGGGGGGGGGGGGGGGAAGCAUGGAAUAAGAAAGUUUUUUUAAAAAUUAUCCUCAAAACUAUGAAGAAUAGCUUCGGCUAUUAACGUAGCACAUUGACAAUGUAUCACUUCUGUGCAAUUCUGAUGUUUGUUGCUGUCUUUGUUGAACUUGGUGAAAGACUUAGGUGUCUGACGCUCUUGUUUCUGCUGACCAGUAUUGAAAGGGUGCAUUGCCACCCGCAAGAAUCAAAUACACUGUAAUCUGUCAGACCUACAUUUUUUGGGUGAAUUUUAUGAAUUGAUUAAUGUAACUGGUUUUGAGGGGGGUCUGUUUUUAUUGUUGCUGAAUUUUGUUGGUACUACACAUGUUUGAUUACAAGACCCUGUGCUCCUUGUAACUGUUUAUAUUCAUGAAAUUUUUGAGGAUGUAAGCAGGAAUGGCUUUCAGUGAAGACAGAGAUAUGAAUCCGAUUAUUUUUGGCACUGACGUUUAUAAUUGUUAAAAAGAUGUUUGUCAGUUGUUGAAGAGGUACAUCAAGCUAGAGGGAUGCUUCUCCUUCUGAGCUAACCUUCAGUUGUGGGACCCCGCGUUGUGUGAGUGUGAAGCAUUUUUUUUGUGUGUGUGACCGUGUCCUGUCUACUGCUGGAAUGAGAUUAAUGUGUUUUUUGCAUGCAGAGUACCUUUUAGUCAGAUGGGUGCCAGAAGUACUUGAUUCUGUUCCCUGUCCUCUUUGUGGAUAUUCUUUUUUUCUUCAGUUUUAGCCUCAUGUACAUGUGUCAUACAAUGUAAGUCUACAGUUUUACUCUUUUUUUAUAACAAGAAUAGUCGCAACUCCCUCUAGCUAGCUGCUGCUUUUUUAAGUGGGGUAUUUUGUAAAGGAGCUGCAGGGUCAACAAGCAGGGUCCGAGCAGCACAUCUCCUGAAAUAUUUGAAUUGUGGCAAUGAAGGAGUAAAAUCGACAAAAAAACAACAACAGCUGUCUCAUUUUGUCUCUAAGCAGUUCACCAUGUACUCAAAUGACAAUAUCUUACUCCACCCCAAGCUGGUGGGUUCUUCUGUGUUUUCCGCUGACGUAAUCACAUCAAUGAAGAAUGGAGUCCAUGUCUCUGAGACGGACACACAACCUAGAAACUCUUUCCGCUCUAUGGCUUUUGUUACAUGUUACUUGUUGACAUCAUGACCAGUGUUUAGGCGCAUCACUGUCGCGUGCUGGAGACCUGAGUUUGAUUCCAGAAUGGGGAAAAAAUUUUAUUAGGUUACUCUGUGUCUUUCUGCUGGGAUAUUGCAUCUCCCUCAGCCAGGUUGGCUCUGACAGUUGUAACAGGCAAGAUCGGAAGCCUGCCUCCUAAAUGUUAAAUAUUGUAUGGAUGGGGGAGUAAAAAAACACAACACCUACAUCAUCAUGGUUGGGAGCCACAGCUGAUGGGCAGUGCUUCUUCAAUUCCCUCCACUCCUCCAUACCGUUUGCUCUAUAGACCUCUGAUUUCAUUCUUUUAGUGCAACUGUUUUAAUGUACGUGCUUGAAAUAUUCCACGUUCCCUUUUCUAAUGAAAUUCAAGGACUCUUAAUCUUUCUUAAAAGCCCAUUGAGUUCGCUGGCAUAAAUUUUUUUUCUUUUCUUUCCUUUCUAGUUGGUUUUCAGGAGCAUUCUAAAUCACUUUUUGGCUGUGUUGGUCUUUGUCUUUUCUGAUUUUUUUGGGGGUCUAUCCUUCAUGACAAGCUGAAUGUUAAUGAUGUGUAAUGUAAAUACUUUUGGGGAAUCUAAUUUGUUGGCCAAAGUGCUGAAAGUCUUGCAUGGGGCUGUUUUCUCUUCUGUGUCAUUAAUGCUCUGGUGUUUGCGCAUGCUUUAUUUACUUGAUUUUUAGUGGGUUUUAUCUUGCUUUGUUAAAAAGACAGUUUUGAUUUUAAGCACGUUGACAAAUACUACACAAUUUUUAUGUUAGUUUCCGCCCCCUACCUGUUUGGUAGUGGCCAGAUACCCCCCUAGCUUUGAUGAUCAUGCCAUUUAAAAAAAAUAUUUCCAAUGCAUGAGUCUCGGAUUGUGCUGAAUUUACAGCACUAAACAGGUUUUCAUUAUAGGUAAGAGUAAGAGUCUUAGGGUGGGCUAUGAACCAGUAUAUUCAAAGGAAGUGUACAGUUGUUUUGGGUUUUUUUACAUUUAAAAUUGUGUGAAACCUGAAAUACCUGGUUGGAAAAUGGGAUGAGAGAUGUGUGAUACUCUAACUUGUCAACAUUUUCAUUUGUAUAAUCAGUUUAUUUUCUAACAUUGUCCCAUCAGUGAAAGAUGAAGAUGGCUAGUCUUGUCUCAGAAAUAACUGGUUUGAAAAAAGAGGUGAAGGGGGCGUAAAAGCAAGUAUAUGUACGUAUGGGUUUUUUUUUCAGUUUUUGUUGCUAUAAUCAUCAUUGGCUGCACAUCACGUUUCAUAUGUCAUUUCUUCAUCAUUCCUCUGUAGUGGAUCUGCCAUUUACUGCUGAGCCAUGAGUAUUGAUUGCACCGACUACCUUGUUUGUGUUCCGCACUUGUGACUGUUGACCCGACUAGUCCCGUUUUGAUGUUGCUUUUUAUUAUGCAUGCCUGAAGCUUUAUGAUGUAUAAACUGUAAAUGCUGAUGAAUUGAGGAGGAUAUCCUCGUGGUGUCAUGUCCAUACUUACAACAAAUAAAAUGCUCUUUAUUCUGUCAUUA